CAGUCGCCUAACUCUCUCGAUGUCGAAAAUCUUAACCACAUACUCAUCACUACAUUUAUAUCCACCCUUAAUGCACCUUUUGCUAAACCAAGGCCCCCCACGACUCUACUUUAUGGCUUAAGAAUACACCGGAUAUAUUUUGUAUAGCUAUAUUGCGCCGAACGUGCCGUCAUGUCCAACGACGCAAAACCUGUCGCCGAUACUGCGACACCCAUUCGUCAUGAAGACAUCAUCUUCUCCUCUCAGCAGACAUCCAUGUCUACGCUCCUAUCUGGACUUCGUCGCAAAACCCUCACGAUUCAUAACAGACUCAAGUCCAUCCAAGAAGACGCAGACUUUGUGAAAAGCGUGGCACAAUCAUACGGUGCCUCCAUUAAGAAUGGAGAGCCGAGAAAGCGACCACUUGUUGCCAACGAGAGAUGCGGCAGCUGGUACAUUCGACCUGCUUUGAAAGACGGCAGUGCCUACUUUAAAAGCACAGACGGCCAUGAGAGAGCUUGGAAGUUUAGUACCAGGAGACUAAACUUUCAUAUCGCCGAAAUGGCUGAUGCAAACGACGGAGUAAUCAUUGUUGACUCAACAAGACGAGGAAAACGUAUGCCUGACGCAUUAUCCACGACUAUACCCAUCUGGUGCGCCGUUGUCAACAGCGUAUUGCUUCCAGAUCAUACAUUAUCCAAAGAAUUAUUCCUACCGCCCUACAUGUCACAAUCUAUCCACGCUCAAAUAUCCGCUCUUAUUCCUUCAUUUGUCAGGUCGCUAUCUGAUCUUCAGAUUAGCUUACCCAUUGGCACACUGUCCAAACCGCUUCGGCCAUUCUGGGUCACGCAAGAUUCGCACUCGAAGAGUGACGAAUCCGACCACCAAGUUAUUUUUGAAGAUUAUACUCCUGUUAUAUGCUGCACGUCAAGCCGGCGGGUAGUCGGCAGCGAAAUGGAUGAGGGCGGAUACAUUCAAGGCGCCGGCGACGACACGGAGAACUGGGCCCAUGGAUUGGUACCCGUCGUCUUUUGGUCGAAUGUUGAAGCGUUACUCUCAGCCGCGGAAGCUGAUCUGCCAGAUACUAUUAGUAAACUAGUGGACGAGCACGAAGCUAACAGCCCGUCGUCUGCUGCAUUUGUGGCCCUAACGCCACAUCUCUCUGUCGGCACGCUCAGUCAAGUCUCAGAGACUGAUACUUCAGCAUGCUAUAUACUUCUCACCACUCAGACAUCACCAAAAGACACUUGGGUUAAAUCGGCUACUCGUAUGGAAGUUGGUGUUGGAAAACACAAAACGGCGAGCCGCAACAUUCGCCUAGCCCUAGGCGACAUUUGCAACUUUGCAGCCAAGUAUCUCCGGAGCAAUCCAAGCGGGCAAUGUGUUGUUUGCUGCGAGUCUGGUAAGGACCUGUCUAUCGCGACAAGUCUUGCUAUUUCAUGUUUUGUAUUUGACGACAAUGGCAACAUUCGAUCAGAUGCUGAAGCUCCAGUCUUCAAUAAGACACUGAUUAAAAGUCGGUUGGCAGGCUUCAUGACGACGUAUCCUGGUGCAAAUCCUAGUCGAACAACACUGCAAAGCGUAAAUAGCUUCCUCAUGGACUGGAGACCCUAGAGAAAUCUUGUAUAUAUAAUCUAUUGACAGAAUAAAAAUCUAUCUUUCCAUCGCUCAUUCAUCGCUCGUAUAUUUGUAUGCUAUAUAAAAAUGCGUCAUUGUAUUUUUUGGCCUUAAAUAGAGCCGGCUUCAAUCUUGGCCAGAAUUUCAGGGAACUCAAACCAGUUCUUCAUGAUGACAACAGCGCCAGCAUCGCUCAGAACCUUGGCCAUCUCGUCUUGCUUAUCGGUUUCAUAAGGGCCAACGUAGCCGACGACCUUGAUACCAGCACGCGUGCCGCUUAGAGUACCGCUCUUGCUGUCUUCAAUCGCUACGCUCUGCUCGGCAGCAGCACCAAGCUGCUUAAGAGCGUGCAAGUAAAUGGCAGGGUCAGGCUUGCUGGUAGGGGGAUCCAGGCUGGUCGCCGCAGAGAAGAUGACAUUGCUCUGGAAGUAUCUGUCCAUGCCGACCUUUUCAACGGAAGCCUUGAGCCGACGACCCGCCGACGACGACACGACAGCCAUGUUGUAUUUGCCCGAAGCAGCUAGCUUCUCGAGUUGCUCGUCGACGCCGACACAGGGGCGAAGCGAAGCCUUGAGCUUGGCAAUGACGGCGUCCUCCUCACGCGUCACAUAUGUCUCGAUGUCCGCGGGGGAGAGGUCAAUGUUGUAGCGAGAUUGCAGUGACAUGAGCAUGCCACGGAAGUUUUGCCCGACAAACUCCUGGAUCAGCGUCUCGCCGGUAAAUCGGACGUCGACAUUUCGAGCGGCGGCGAUUUCGUUGAUGAGGUCGGCACAGGCCUCAAAGGCAAGCUCCUCGGACAGGACAAGGGUGUUGUCGCAGUCGAAGAGAAGAGUCUUGAUCUGUUUGGGUUGAAGUUAGCAAUGUCAUAGACUGGAGUGGAUUUAGGUGCGAAUUGCGUACUUCGGGCAUUUUGAAGAUGUCUGGGGUUAUAGUGUUGAUGGUUUGAAGAAGUCAAGUUUGGCGGGGUGAUAGAGGGGCACGAUAAGGCGUUUGGCUGUGAUGACGUAGGUUCUGGGUAGGGUUAACAAGGGGCGUUUUGUAUAGAUGGUGCGGCUUGGCUAUUGACAGUACGAAUCAAGCGAGUAAAAAUAGACAAAUAGAAACAAGAUGAAGUAAAUUGAUUUAAGUUUCAAAAUGAUCUUUAUUUCCAGACUAAACAAAGUGGAAACAAUCGCUGGCAAGGUUCAUUGCUCGUCUU